GAGGCAGUGGUUGUCAUUCACUAGAACAGAAAACCUAGGGCUAGGGCCACUUCCUGUUAGGUAAAAGUUGACAGUACAAGCAAUCAAAACAGAAAAGCUAAAAACUGUUACACAUCACUUAUAGGCCAAACAACAGGAAGGAACGGCAUCUACAGAAAUAUAGUUUCAGGGAAUGUAAUGGAAAUGAGCAGGACAACCACUGUAUUGUUCUUGGCCACACAUGUGUCUUCUGCAGAGGCCUCUUUGAGCGACCCAACAAAUUGCUAUAUUUUAGAUGUUUUUCUCCUGCUGUAUUCUAUCAUUUUUACUGCUCUCUACUUCCGAGAGAAGUUUACAAAGGAAGGGCCUGUUCCUCCAGCAGAGCCUGCAGCCCCGGCCCAUAACCCCAAUGAGCCCGUCUAUACAGACUUGGAUCUGCCACAGAUGAGUUCCGAUUAUCAGCAACUGGACCGACCGAUUAGAAGACGGGAGCCAGAGACACAUUAUCAGGAACUAAGAGGAGCAAGAAAUGAUGAAUAUCAGGAAAUAAGACCAAAAGGAGCCAAAGCUCGCAAAGCCAAGAGCAAAUCUGAUGAGGCUCGGACGGGGAGAAAAAGGGAUGCAGCCGAGGCUUUGGAGAUGGAAACUUUUCCCACAACACACAAUUAACACACAGCACAACCUCAGGAGCAAUUUUUAUAUCUUCCAACUUACAGAUAAAUUGUUUAUCUUUGUUGGAUGCCUUUAUGUGUCUUGCUUUAUACAUAUCCACAAAAGAUUGGGGUCAGUAAGAUCAGGUAAAAAAAAAAUUAGUAUUGAAUAAAUACUUUAAUUCAGCAUGGAUG